AUGGAUAGAGUGCGUUCCCUUAUCGGUGGUCGAAGAAGGAAUAACGAUGGUAGAAAUGCUCUGCCAAGAAGAAUUACUCCUAAUCGUACAUCGACAGCUACUACUCACCAAAACAAUAAUGAUGAUCAGAUGACGGUAUACACAAUCUCGGAAACGUUAAAUGAUACAACGACAAUUACUGACCAGUCAGAUUCAGAGACUCUAAACACUUACAUAUCUGAAUCAGGUACCAUCGGUGAUAUGCAAAGAUUAGGGUAUGUUAAUAGAUCCCCUCAAUUUGAUUCGAUACGUGAUAUUUGUUUCGUAUCAAUUCUAUUAACAAAAGGAUUCUUUGCAUUUCCAAGUCACGAAUCAUAUAAUCAAUAUUUAUACAAUAAAAGAAAAUAUGAUAACUUUGAUCCGAUAACCGGACUAGGGGUACCUUUAUUUCAUGCGAUUCCAGUUAAUCUAAUGAAAUCGAUAUUUAGAACGAAUAGAAGUGAACCUAUUAUGAAAAUAUUUAAAUAUGAACUACUAAAAUCCACGGAAUAUAACAAUAUUACUACGAAUAAUCCAAACGUUCAAAUCAUAUUUGAUGGUACAACAUAUAAAAUUGUAAAAUACCUAUUUUGUACGAUAUAUCGAGAAAAUGGUGUGACUCAAUCAAAGAAGCCAAAUUCUUCAAAGGACUCACAACUAGAUCAAAACUCAAAGAUUAAGCAUACUUUAAAGUUUGAUGAUGGUUCGCAUGUAGAUAUGUUCAAUAUUAAUGGACGGAGAGAUAUUGAUGCAUCACUAGAUGGAUUGCCAUUACGAUGGUUUGGAUUCUCUAGUUUUGCUUCACCAUUUGGGUCGAAUGAUAUUAAAUUACUAAUUUUAGACGAUAAUAUGACAAAUUUGAUCGAAGAUAGUAAUUCUGAAUCUAGAAAUACUGACCCAUCGAGUCAAAUUAAUGACACUAAUGCCAUAUUAAGACCAUUAGGCUAUCUACCCGUGUGGGCUAAAUAUAGCGAUGUAGAUGACUCCUUAUUACCAACUAGAAGGACUAUACAUUUAGCAAACUUAGAACUAAAAGAAGUUUCGAACGGUUCACAAAAUCUUGGAAUAUUAAAAAUUCCCCGUAAUACCCAAGUUCUGACUUGCAUGUGUAUGCUGCUUCAUGACUAUGAAUCAAGAAAAGAAAGGAGACAUAACAGCACAAAUGUUCCUGCAUAG